AUGAAUCAGACCCCGACGACUGGCUCACUUCACAUUUCGUUCAUUCCCAACGACGACACUGGUGCACCUGACAUCGGGGCUGGACACGAGUGUGAGUUUCGCGACUCGACAACAUUAGAGCCUCUCACUGUGCAAGAAGGAGACAGUAAAGUCGGCAACAAGCGGGAGCGAGCGAGGAGUCUCGAAGACACGACGCUCUCCGAUGAGAUCACAGUCACUGAGUUUGAUCAGAAUAUUAUUUCGGCACCCUAUCUCACUGUUGACGUUUGGCACCAACUCUUUGACCUCUAUCAAUUGCACUUCGCCACCGAACUCUCGUUUUUGCAUCUCCCAACUCUCAAGGGCAUCAUUCACGACAAAGACAACGAGAAGCCGUCAAACGAAUCGAAUCUGGCCCUAUUGGGCAUUCUGGCUCUCACUGCAAGAUUUCAUCCCGACUUGAUCGAACAUGUCGCACACAUUACACACCACAAGAUCGCGGGCCCAAGGUUUUGCGGUGCUCUACACAGGCUGCAGCCAUCAGUAGCAUCAGAGUACUUCGCAAAUGCUCUUACAAAGGCACUGGGAGAAGUCGAAUCAGCCAUAACAUCGGCUACUGUCGUUCGAGUCCAAGCUUUUCUCAUGCUUAGCUUGUAUAAAUGGAGUCGGCCGGAUGGCGGCCUGGCUGCAUGGAUGUACGUUGACCUCGCCACGCGGAUGGCUCAAAUUAUGAAACUCGGAUCUGCACAAGUGCCCUCGCGUUGUUGGCAAGACCAGGAGUCGAGGCGCCGCACUAUGUUCAGUUGCUUCAUCCUCUGUCAGCUUCAGCUGCCGUGCAGCGACGAAGCCUUCAACUUGGGUGGCAGCAUUCUCAUUCGAACACCGCGGCCUGUGGGACAAGGAAUCGAGGAAGUAUUCGAAGAUAGCGUUCUCGGCCGAUUCGUCGACCUGAUCAAAGUCUGGGGCGACAUCUCCAAAUACAGCAUUUUGGGCGGACGCGACACUGGAAAGGAAGAAGGGACGCCGCCAUGGGACGAAAAGUCGACCUUCUACCAGCUCAGUCAGGAGAUAGACACCUUCUACACAGGACUUCCGGAAUGCUUCACAUGGUCCACCUCGAACUUCUGGAGACACUCUAACAGCAUAUACGUGUCAUUUAAUAUGCUGGCUGCUCUCUGCAGAAUCGUGCUGCAUCGCGAAUAUAUCCCCUUUAUCGCCAUCAACUGCGCCAGGCCGAUGGGCCCGAUGGCGGAGCUCGGAUUUGACCCUGGCGCUGCUCCCGAUGGCCAUUGGAAGCGAAGCGCAGAGCAGAUCUUUAAGGCUAGUAGGGAAAUCGUCGACCUUAUUACGUUAUGUCGGGACAGACUGCCCUAUUCGUCGUUGGUCUUAUUCGCCAUCAGGCAAGCAGCCUUUGUCGAGAUAUACGCAGCGCACUAUCCCCAUAUGGAUACUCAGAAUCACAUGUUCAGUGAGCAGGAAGUCGGAAGGCGGAAUUCGAGACCGAUGUCCGACAACUGGCAGCCAACCACCACUACUUACCAGGCACUGACAAAGGCUACACCUUACUUCAGCCUGGCGUCCAAUUAUGUCAUAUACCUGAAAAGCAUAGAUCAGUGUCUCACUCGAAUCAACUCCGACUAUAGAGAUGGAGGUUCUAGGCAGAGUAGAGAUGAUCCUUUGGGCAUUCGACGAGAUGGGCGUGGCGGCGAUUGGGACGGGCGAGGGGAUCCCCGGCCAAUUCACCAGCAAGCCGGCUCCCAUGACUCCUCGACUCAUGGCUUUUCACCGACAGUCGGCUCACCACAAAACGAAGUGGAAAUGGCUAGCAAGAACGCAAACGAAUUGAAGCCUGACGUCUAUGUACGAUACCAACAGGGCCGGCGGUUGAGCAUUAUGUUCGAUGACAUUUUUGAGUUUGCUACCGGAGGCAAAGGCUGCACGCCGAACUUGGGAUCGCGGAACACAUUCAAUCCCCCAUUCUGUUGGGGCAGUGAUCCGUAUCCAGGACUGUCAUCCAAUGAAUCGCAGCCUUAUGGGAGGCUCGGCACGGAUGACAAGCACGGCGACUACACAGGCGUCCCCCGCGAACUACCAUCUAUUGCCGAAGCGAAGCACCCUUCUGGACUUGUCGAUCCUAGCGAUCAAUUCUACGAUGUGAUCGAGUCGAGCCCGUCCCGCUCAACUUGA